CAAAAAGCUAAACCAACAAAUCCCAGCCCUGGGGAGGUGUGGCCUGCGUCGCGGGACUACAAACCGAUGCAUCAUGGGACGAUUUAAGGGGGAAAACCGAAGCCAGGCGCGAUGGAUUAUGGGAGGCGUUUCUAAAGGCCGCGGGAGCGGCAAAUCGAGAAAGCCGCGGCAGGCUGCGUUUGGCCAGACUGGGGCUCGAGUCUGUCCCUCGAGCCCACGGCAGGAUGCAGUGCCGCGCUUCCGCUGGCCCGGCGAUGCUGAGUGUGCGUCCUCUACCCACACCCCUACCAUGUCCGGCUGCAAACUACCCAUGGGCCUGUGCCCAGACAUGUGCCCGGCCGCCGAGCGCGCCCGACGCGAGCGCGAGCGCCGCCUGCACCGACUGGAGGUGGAGCCAGGCGGCCGUGGGAACGCUCCCCGAGCCGACCCCAAGCGCACAGUGAAGGAGUACAGCCGGCCGGCAGCGGGCAAACCCCGGCCCCCGCCAAGCCUGCUGCGGCCGCCGCCAGUGCUCUUAGCCACCGUGCGUUAUCUGGCCGGUGAGGUGGCUGGCCGCGGCGACGUGUCGUGCGCGGAGGUGGCGAGCUUUGUGGCCGACCGCCUGCGCGCAGUGCGGCUAGAUCUGUCGCUGCAGGGCGUGGACGACGCGGACGCAGCGACAGUGCUGGAGGCUGCGCUGGCCACGCUGCUGGCCGUGGUGGCGCGGGUGCGGCCAGAAGAGACGCGCGGAGCCGCGGACCCGGUGCUGCUUCAGACUCAGGUGCAGGAAGGCUUCGGUUCGCUGCGGCGCUGCUACGCGCGGGGCAAAGGCCCCUACCCCCGCCAGGCUGCUUUUCAGGGCCUCUUUCUGCUCUACAACUUGGGUGAGUCGUGGAGCUGGCAGGUGGGCAGAGCCAAGCUCUGGAAACGAGUUUGCCUGGAACUAGAGGUUCUGUGGAAGCCCUGCAGGAGGUUCUACAGCUGCCUGCUGCCCUGCGUGCCUGCCCACCCCUUCAGGCGGCGUUGGCUGUUGACGCUGCCUUCCGGGAAGACAACCAUGCCCGACUGUUUCGCCUGCUUCGCACCUUACCCUACCUACAGAGCUGCGCAGUGCAGGAACACAUUGGGUAUGCCCGCCGCAAAGCUCUAGCCCGCCUGUCCCGUGCCCUGAGCACUCCUAAGGGACAGACCUUGCCUUUGGACUUCAUAGAACACUUUCUGGCCCUGGAUGGACUCCAGGAAGCACGGGACCUGUGCCAGGCCCAUGGACUGACCUUGGAUAAAGACAGAGUUGUAUUCCUGAGGGGUCAAUACUCUGAGGAAGGACUCCCACCCCCUGGUGCCUACCACAUAUUAGUGGGGAAUAAGUUGCAGGGACACACCCUGGAAGAUGUGGUCAUGGCUGAGGAAGGUGACAUUCACAGACCUGGCUCUGCAGCUUGAGAGGGUCUCGUCUCCCACAAGGCCUGGGUCAGAGCACCUGGCUUCUUUUUCAUAAUUCCCAAACAAUAAAAGGAACUCAUUAUGAUCUCCAAACAAUAA